AUGGCAAUCUGUCGUGAAUACAAUUCACAGGUAACAUUUGCCGUCUUAUCAUCUUCUCUUUUGCAGCUUCUGAGUGGCUCCUCUUUCUCGUUCUUCCUUCCUUGUCCCAUUACUGUCCCGAUGGCAGCUUCUCCUUGUAAGUGGCUCUUCUAUAGUGAAGUGCAAGGCGGGGUAGAGGACAUGUGGGCCGUCGCUCUUGCUCCUAUCCCGCCGUAUCCUCUCCCUCACUACCCACCUUCACCUCUCCUAUUCACCUCACAGUCACUCAGCCCCACCCCGCGAUCUCCUCUUCCUUACCUCCCCUCCGUCGCCUCUCCCUCCUCCCCGAUGUCGCCUCUCCCUCCUCCCCGCCGUCGCCUCUCCCUCCUCCCCGCUGUCGCCUCUCCCUCCUCCCCGCCGUCGCCUCUCCCUCCUCCCCGCCGUCGCCUCUCCCUCCUCCCCGCCGUCGCCUCUCCCUCCUCCCCGCCGUCGCCUCUCCCUCCUCCCCGCCGUCGCCUCUCCCUCCUCCCUGCCGUCGCCUCUCCCUCCUCCCCGCCGUCGCCUCUCCCUCCUCCCCGCCGUCGCCUCUCCCUCCUCCCCGCCGUCGCCUCUCCCUCCUCCCCACCGUCGCCUCUCCCUCCUCCCCGCCGUCGCCUCUCCCUCCUCCCCGCUGUCGCCUCUCCCUCCUCCCCGCCGUCGCCUCUCCCUCCUCCCCGCCGUCGCCUCUCCCUCCUCCCCGCCGUCGCCGCUCCAUCCUCCCCGCCGUCGCCUCUCCUUCCUCCCCGCCGUCGCCUCUCCCUCCUCCCCGCCGUCGCCUCUCCCUCCUCCCCGCCGUCGCCUCUCCCCCCUCCCCGCCGUCGCCUCUCCCUCCUCCCCGCCGUCGCCUCUCCCUCCUCCCCGCCGUCGCCUCUCCCUCCUCCCCGCUGUCGCCUCUCCCUCCUCCCCGCCGUCGCCUCUCCCUCCUCCCCGCCGUCGCCUCUCCCUCCUCCCCGCCGUCGCCGCUCCAUCCUCCCCGCCGUCGCCUCUCCUUCCUCCCCGCCGUCGCCUCUCCCUCCUCCCCGCCGUCGCCUCUCCCUCCUCCCCGCCGUCGCCUCUCCCCCCUCCCCGUCGUCGCCUCUCCCUCCUCCCCGCCGUCGCCUCUCCCUCCUCCCCGCCGUCGCCUCUCCCUCCUCCCCGCCGUCGCCUCUCCCUCCUCCCCGCCGUCGCCUCUCCCUCCUCCCCGCCGUCGCCUCUCCCUCCUCCCCGCCGUCGCCUCUCCCCCCUCCCCGCCGUCGCCUCUCCCUCCUCCCCGCCGUCGCCUCUCCCUCCUCCCCGCCGUCGCCUCUCCCUCCUCCCCGCCGUCGCCUCUCCCUCCUCCCCGCCGUCGCCUCUCCCUCCUCCCCGCCGUCGCCACUCCAUCCUCCCCGCCGUCGCCUCUCCUUCCUCCCCGCCGUCGCCUCUCCCUCCUCCCCGCCGUCGCCUCUCCCUCCUCCCCGCCGUCGCCUCUCCCCCCUCCCCGCCGUCGCCUCUCCCUCCUCCCCUCUCCCCCCUCCCCGCCGUCGCCUCUCCCCCCUCCCCGCCGUCGCCUCUCCCUCCUCCCCGCCGUCGCCUCUCCCUCCUCCCCGCCGUCGCCUCUCCCCCCUCCCCGCCGUCGCCUCUCCCUCCUCCCCGCCGUCGCCUCUCCCUCCUCCCCGCCGUCGCCUCUCCCUCCUCCCCGCCGUCGCCUCUCCCUCCUCCCCGCCGUCGCCUCUCCCUCCUCCCCGCCGUCGCCUCUCCCUCCUCCCCGCCGUCGCCUCUCCCUCCUCCCCGCCGUCGCCUCUCCCUCCUCCCCGCCGUCGCCUCUCCCUCCUCCCCGCCGUCGCCUCUCCCUCCUCCCCGCCGUCGCCUCUCCCUCCUCCCCGCCGUCGCCUCUCCCUCCUCCCCGCCGUCGCCUCUCCCUCCUCCCCGCCGUCGCCUCUCCCUCCUCCCCGCCGUCGCCUCUCCCUCCUCCCCGCCGUCGCCUCUCCCUCCUCCCCGCCGUCGCCGCUCCAUCCUCCCCGCCGUCGCCUCUCCAUCCUCCCCGCCGUCGCCUCUCCUUCCUCCCCGCCGUCGCCUCUCCCUCCUCCCCGCCGUCGCCUCUCCCUCCUCCCCGCCGUCGCCUCUCCCUCCUCCCCGCCGUCGCCUCUCCCUCCUCCCCGCCGUCGCCUCUCCCUCCUCCCCGCCGUCGCCUCUCCCUCCUCCCCGCCGUCGCCUCUCCCUCCUCCCCGCCGUCGCCUCUCCCUCCUCCCCGCCGUCGCCUCUCCCUCCUCCCCGCCGUCGCCGCUCCAUCCUCCCCGCCGUCGCCUCUCCUUCCUCCCCGCCGUCGCCUCUCCCUCCUCCCCGCCGUCGCCUCUCCCUCCUCCCCGCCGUCGCCUCUCCCCCCUCCCCGCCGUCGCCUCUCCCUCCUCCCCGCCGUCGCCUCUCCCUCCUCCCCGCCGUCGCCUCUCCCUCCUCCCCGCCGUCGCCUCUCCCUCCUCCCCGCCGUCGCCUCUCCCUCCUCCCCGCCGUCGCCUCUCCCUCCUCCCCGCCGUUGCCUCUCCCCCCUCCCCGCCGUCGCCUCUCCCUCCUCCCCGCCGUCGCCUCUCCCUUCUCCCCGCCGUCGCCUCUCCCUCCUCCCCGCCGUCGCCUCUCCCUCCUCCCCGCCGUCGCCUCUCCCUCCUCCCCGCCGUCGCCUCUCCUCCUCCCCGCCGUCGCCUCUCCCUCCUCCCCGCCGUCGCCUCUCCCUCCUCCCCGCCGUCGCCUCUCCCUCCUCCCCGCCGUCGCCGCUCCUUCCUCCCCGCCGUCGCCGCUCCUUCCUCCCCGCCGUCGCCGCUCCUUCCUCCCCGCCGUCGCCGCUCCUUCCUCCCCGCCGUCGCCUCUCCCUCCUCUCCGCCGUCCCCUCUCCCUCCACGCGGUUGCCUCUCCCUCCUCCCCGCCGUCGCCGCUCCCCCCUGA